AUGGCUCACCGCGCCCUCGAGUGUGGUGACAUCCUCGAGGAGAUAUUUUCCUACAUACAUUUCGAUGGACCUGCAUAUGGUCGCAUUGGUUUUGGCGAGAGAGAGAUCUGCAAGCGGACUCUGAAGAGUGCGACACUCGUCAACAAGACGUUCUCAAAUCAUGCUCUAAACAUUUUCUGGCGGGAGAUCCGCUCAGAGGCCGUUGCUCUCAGCGUUUUGCCCGCUCUAAAAUUCAAGCUCGUCGACAUCCAAUAUCCUAAACGCGCGGGAGUGCCAUCGUUCUUGGAGGCCCAGGAAUGGACAUACGUGCGUAUUCCGUGCCGCCCGUGCUCCGCGUUCUCCUCACACGACGGACAGGUCCUCGACGGUGGUAUCAGCGCGGCUGAUCUGGACCGCUUUCGCCAGUACGCUGGCCGUGUGCGCUCCGUCUGGAUAGUGGACGAAGAGACACAGCCGGACAUUCGCUUCCCCGUCAUCCAGCGCCUCACCGCGCAGCUCGGCGGUCCCCUCUUCCCAAACCUCACUCACUUGAAAUGGAAUGCGAAGAAUGUGCUCUCACUCAGCGCGAACACGGGCCGCAUCUUGCUGUGUAUGGCGGGUCUGCAUCUUCAGACUUUGGCGCUGUGGCCCCCGUUGUGGCUCUCUGAAACCGACGCCAGUCGGUUCUUUCUCCAGCUGUCGGGUCUCGCACCAGCUCUUGCUCUGGGAUCGCCCCAGAUUCAGGAGAUUGAGAUGGACAACGUGGAUUGGCAUAACAGGCAUGAUAUAUACCAGACCUGGGACCCCCUGUGUGCGGCCCAAUUCAUCGGCGCCUUCAAGCUUCUCGAGAAGGUCCACGUCGACGUGCAUUACAUGAAUGACGAGGUCCUCGACGCACUUUUAUCACUGCCUCGUCUUGCUCACCUGCGACUUUGUACGAACUGUGAUUGGGAUAGUCAUACCGCUCUGUCGGAUGGAACGCAUGGAUGCUUCCGUUCUUUGCACACGCUGGACAUCAACUCGACGCACAGUGUGGCGACGAGUCUCGUCCAGAGGUGCGAGUGGCCUGCACUCCGUGUGCUUCAUGCAGCCAUCUGGAAGACUCUCCCAAGUGUUAGAGUCCGUCGGACGGACUAUGAUGUUUCACCCCCUCUGUGCUACAUAGUCGCGUUUUUCGAAGUCGUUGCCGCCACGCUCUCACCGCUGCUGGAUGAAUUGCAAGUGUCGGGCCAUGUCGGCUGCACAAUCCCGCUGGCGCAUUUUUCGAUCUCCCCCCUCCGCCCCAUGCAUCUGCUGCGUUUCAUCGAAUUGGACUUUCUAUCGCCUUCUGCCUGCGUUGGACUCCACGACAUUGCCCUCAAUUGGCCAGACCUUGAGACGUUCAGGAUUCACAUGGAAAGCCAGCUGAAGCACAGCUCUCUGCAGAUCCUCCUCGACGUGGCGUCUGCCUGUCCUCGCCUGAGAGUGGUCGCCCUGAACGCUUUUGCGCUCCCUCUGGGACCCCAUCUGGACCUGCACGGCCUGGUAUCGCAUGACUUGGAGAGGAUUGAGGUAUCUAAUUUGGAGUGGAAUAAUUCACCGAACAAUAAGGUUGGGCUUUUGGCGACUCAGGUUGAAUCUGUCUUCCAGAAACUGGACCUAGAGGAAAUGAUGCGGUGGGCGCUGGGACGCAGUCCGAUGGAAAGGACAGACUGGUUGGCGUUGCUGAGGGAAAUGAACCGCAUUCGACAGACAAAGACCUCGCUCGAGCAGGCAAUGUCGGACGAUGGGGCCUUCGCAAGUGUAUGA